AGACAUCACCAUACAUUUAGGAACAUAGAAGAGAAGUGAAGGGACAUUAAGAUCAAUUCAAAAUCCAAAACAAAUGGCAGAAGUGGAAGAGCUAGUAAGCAACAAACAGGUUCUGGCUGUAGGUUACAUAACUGGUAAUCCAACACAAGCAGACAUGUAUUUUCACACUUCUACCAUAAGCUUACAACUUCCUCCAGAGGCUUCAGAUGCUGUGCUGGUUAAAAACCUGUAUUUAUCUUGUGAUCCAUACAUGAGAGGAUCCAAAAGAACAGAUAGAAAAAAUCUCUUUUAUUCCUUCUCUCCUGAUUCACCAAUAAUUGGGUAUGGAGUAUGUAAAGUGUUGGAUUCCAAACACCCAGACUUCAAAAAAGGAGACUUAGUGUGGGGAGUCACAAAAUGGGAAGAGUACAGUGUUAUAACUAUGACUGAUAGCCUCAUCAAAAUUGAGCAUAAGGAUGUUCCUCUUUCCUAUUAUACUGGACUUCUUGGUAUGCCUGGUAUGACUGCUUAUGCAGGUUUCUAUGAAGUUGGGAUCCCUAAGAAAGGAGAUUAUGUGUUUAUCUCUUCAGCAUUUGGUGCAGUUGGUCAACUUGUUGGGCAACUAGCAAAGUUGAUGGGAUGUUAUGUUGUUGGAAGUGCAGGAAGUAAAGAUAAGGUUGAAAUUUUGAAGACAAAGUUCGGGUUUGAUGGUGCUUUUACUUACAAGGAAGAACAAGACCUGAAUGCAACUUUGAAGAAGUACUUCCCUGAAGGCAUUGACAUAUACUUUGACAAUGUUGGGGGAGACAUGUUUGAGGCAGCCCUUUCUAACAUGAGAAGGAGGGGUAGAAUUGUGGUGGCUGGAAUGAUCUCUCAGUAUAAUGUUGAUGAGCCUAAAGGCAUCAAGAACUUAGUGGAUAUUGUAUUUAAGCAGAUCAAAAUAGAAGCCUUCAUAGUGUAUGAUUAUUAUCACCUUUAUCCCAAAUUCUUGGAUACUAUUUUGCCUUAUGUUAGGGAAGGGAAGAUAACAUACGUUGAAGACAUAGCUGAGGGACUUGAGAACGGGCCAGCUGCACUAGAAGCAAUGUUCACAGGCCGUAGUGGUGGCAAACAAGUGGUUUUAGUAGCUCAUGAAUAAUGUAGUCCCUGUUUUGAAUUUGUGUUUGUAACUCUCUUUAUAAGAGCUUGUUGAUACUUUGAGUAAUAAACAGAUUGCUAUCUUGUGUGAAAUGGUACGACAUAUAUACCCAUAUUGUUGAGUGAUUAGUUU